AUGUACCAUAUCAGCAGCCAGCAAAGAAUCAAAGAAAAAUACCACAACCAAAGGAGAGAGAGUUCCUGCCCUACACAGUCAUGGAGAAAUGAGUAUUUGCACCAAAAAUUCACACAACUGCUACUUCUACACAGAUCUCAACCCAGAGGCUAUGACUUCCUCCACUGGAGAAAAAGGUAUCAUGAGGUGGUAGAUGAACAAGGACAGUUGAUGGAGAUCGGAGACUUAUUUGGCCCAGGCCUGAGUACCCAGGAGGAGCCUCCCACUGUCGUGGUGCAUGGAGUUGCUGGAAUUGGGAAGUCAACCCUGGCCAGGCAGGUGAGGAGAGCCUGGGAGGAAGGCUGGCUGUUCAAGGACCGCUUCAAGCAUGUCUUCUACUUCAACUGCAGAGAGCUGGCCCAGUCAGAGACCAUGAGUCUCGCUGAGCUCAUCACAAAAGACUGGGCUGCUCCUGAUGCUCCUAUUGGGCAGAUCCUGUCUCAGCCAGAGCAGCUGCUCUUCAUUCUUGAUAAUUUAGAUGAACCAAAAUGGGACUUGAAGGAGCAGAGUUCUGAGCUCUGUCCACACUGGAGCCAGCAGCAGCAGGUGCACACACUGCUGGGCAGUUUGCUGAAGAAAACCUUACUUCCCACGGCUUCCCUGCUGAUCACAGCUCGGAUCACAGCUCUGGGAAAACUCAUUCCUUCUUUAAAGCAUCCUCACUGGGUGGAGAUCCUGGGAUUCUCCGAGUCAGCCAGGAAGGAGUAUUUCUACAAAUAUUUCACAGAUGAGAGCCAAGCGAUUAGAGCCUUUACCUUGGUUGAAUCCAACCCGGCUCUCUUCACCAUGUGUCUCAUGCCCUUGGUGUCCUGGCUGGUCUGCACUUGCCUGAAGCAGCAGAUGGAGCAGGAGCAACCACUCUCACUUACCUCCCAGACGACCACAGCCCUCUGUCUGCACUACUUUUUCCAUGUUCUCCAGGCUCAGUCCCUCGGGACUAAGUUGAGGGGCUUCUGCUCUCUGGCUGCUGAAGGCACCUGUCAAGGAAAGACUCUGUUCAGCCCCGAGGACUUCAAGAAACAUGGGUUUUAUGGGGCCAACAUCUCCACUCUCUUAAACAUGGGUGUUCUUCAAGAGCACCCCACCCCUCAGAACUACAGCUUCAUUCACCUGUGCUUCCAGGAAUUCUUUGCAGCAAUGUCCUAUGCUUUAGGCGAUAGAGUGUUGAAAAGUGGUUGCUUUAAUAACAUCACAAUUAUAACAGACUUGACCGAUGUAUAUGACAGGUAUGACCUGUUUGGGGAACCAACCAUAUGUUUCCUGUUUGGUCUUUUGAGUGAUCAGGGGAUGCGAGAGAUGGAGAGCAUCUUCAAAUGCAGCCUGUCACAGGAGACGCAUUCCUAUCUGCUGCAGUUGGCCCAGGAGGAAGUUAACUACAAGCAUCCUAACCUAGAGCCAUAUUGUUGGCACUUGCUCCACUGUUUUUAUGAGUAUCAGGACAAAAGGUUUCUGACAGAAACGAUGUCCAAUUUCUAUGGAAUGAGGAUAUAUGUCCAAACUCAUAUGGAGCUCCUGGUGUCCACAUUCUGCUUUAAAUUCUGCCAUCUCAUGGAUACGCUUCAACUGAAUGACGGUGGAAAGAAAAAACCAGCUCAAAGGCCUUCAGGUGUAGUUCUGUACAGCUGGGGCCCGUUUACAGAUUCCUGGUGGCAGAUGUUCUUCUCUAUUUUCAAAGUCCCUGGAAGCCUGCGGGAGCUGAACCUGAGUGGGAACUCUCUGAGCUGCUCUGCAGUACAGAGUCUUUGUGACGCCCUGGAAAGCCCUCACUGCCGCCUGGAGACUUUGAG